AUGCACGGGUGCGACCUAGCACCCGAAGAGCCUGCACGGCCCCUAGAAGCUCCCCUGAGCAACAGCAAACCUCCCAACACACCCCUCCCACACAACCUACCGACCGGUCCCACUCGCGAGCGCGAGCCAACCAGCAGCUACUGGUUGCCCACACCAUCUGCUCCGUGUGCCAGAACAGAAUAUACCGGAAUUCACCGAACCUACACCAACUUCAACAAAGCUGAUUGGAACGGCUUCGCGGAAGUUACCGAGAGCAGCUUCGCCGCCCUCCCCACACCCACAGACGUACAUGCUGGUGAACGCCAGUUCCGCAAGGUAGUCACAGCCGCAGCAGAUCGCUUCAUACCGUCCGGACGCAUCGCGGAAGUCCGCCCAAAUUUCCCGGCUGAAGCAGCUGUACUAGCAAAUGAGCGUGACCACCUACGCCAGGUCGACCCCGGGGACCCUCGCUUGAGGGAACUUAAUUUGGAGAUUCGGCAACUGGUGAAUCAACACAAGCGGACAAAGUGGGAAGAGCACUUGAAGGCCUGUAACUUCACCUCUGGUGUGAGUAAGCUCUGGUCAACCGUGAGGUCCUUGUCCAACCCGACGAAGCGUGAUGACAGAGUGGAAAUUUCAUUCGAAGGUCACGCCUCAUCGGACCCGAAGAAAUGCGCGAACUAUUUCAGUCGGCAAUUCACACUGCAUCCUUCGGUAGACAAGGCCAAACGUCGAGAUGACGGAAAUCCUAAGCCAAGAUUACCGACAAAUUCAAAAUUUGAGGGAUAG